GCUGAAGCUUCUUGGAGUCCGACAGAGAGUGAGGGCGUCGGGCAGGCCAGCCCGGCCAGCCUGGCCGUGUCUGCACCACUCCUUCGGGUCGAGGAGGUGCUAGCAGCCCUGGCGGGCGCUCUGGCACCAACAUGCACAGCGUGCGUCUAGACGGCUUCCUGAGUCAGCUCCGCUGGGAAAUGUUGUGUAGCCGGAACACAGGCUCAUCCCCAUUGCCUGGCCCCCUGCAGCCAUCCCCCAAAAUUGACCCAGGUGUGUCCAGCCACCAGCUCGGGGCCUCAGAUGCCCUGGAAGAAGACUCUGUCUGCUGUGUGGAGGAAGAGGAGGAGGAAGCCUCAGUGACAAAAGACAGGGGUGCAGUCUUGGGGGGUCACAGGGAGCACAGUCUAGACUGGGACUCAGGCUUCUCAGAGGUAUCAGGCAGCACAUGGCGAGAGGAAGAGUUGCCUGUACUCCAGCGCCCAGCAUACCAAGCACAGCCCCUUCAGAGUCAGCGGCUCUCAGUCAGUGGCCUCCCACUGCCCAGCACAGCACCUAUAGCCAGAACCCCAUCUGCACACCGUCCGCGCCCCAAGUCCACCCCAGAUGCCUGCUUGGAGCAUUGGCAGGGACUGGAAACAGAGGACUGGACAGCAGCCCUGCUGAACAGGGGUCGCAGUCGCCAGCCCCUGGUGCUAGGGGACAACUGCUUUGCUGACUUAGUUCACAACUGGAUGGAGCUUCCUGAGGCAGCACGUGAGGGAGGUGAUGAAGGUGCACCCCGUGCUCGUGCUCGGCCCCCCCAGUUCUUGCUUGGCCUCUCUGAGCAGCUGCGGCGCCAGCUGGCCAGGGCUCGGCGGGCAGCUAUGGCAGGAAAGCGCCUCUCAUGCCCACCUCGCUCAGAUCCCGAACUGCCUGCAGAUGUCUCACGCUUUGCAGCCCUCAUGAACUGCCGCAGCCGCCAACCCAUCAUCUGCAAUGAUGUCAGCUACCUCUGACCCUGCCCUUCAGCCUG